CUCGCCGGUGUGCGCCAUUAAAUUACGUAUUCCAGUAGUUUCGACUUGGUGGCAACGCGGGCUGUCGAAGACGACUGGAAAGGCCGAAACCCCGGUGCAACAAUGGUGAAGCUAUUCAUUGGAAACCUGACCGAAGAGACGGGCAGGGACGAAAUUGAAGCUUUGUUCACGCCGUACGGCACCGUAACAGAAUGUGCCAAGUACAAAAAUUACGCCUUCGUCCACAUGGAUGACCGCAAGGCGGCCACGAAAGCCAUCCGCGAACUCAAUCUCUAUCAACUGAACGGCAGACCCAUGAACGUGGAGCCCAGCCGAGGGAACAACCAGGGUCCGGUCAAGAUCCAUAUCGCUAAUGUGGAAAGGGGCUGUGACAAAGAGCUGAGAGAGCUGUUUGAAGAAUAUGGCACAGUGACAGAGUGCGCGAUUGUGAAGAAUUUUGCUUUUGUACACAUGGCCAACUCCGAAGAAGCUAUGGAUGCCAUAAAGGGCCUGGAUAACACAAAGUUUCAAGGACAAAACAUCCACGUUCAGCUGUCGAAAAGCAAGCCCGCCUGGGCUUCGGGAGAGGAGGAGUUCGGUCCACCGCCCCCACCCCCCGGCCGCGGAGGCUUUUAUCCUCCUCACCCUCCUCGCUUCCACCCCGAGCCUCCCUACGGGGGUCGCAUGUCCUCUUAUCCGCCUCCGCCGCCUCCGCCUCCUCCUCCGCGGCGGCCAAUGUAUCCGGACCGCAGCUAUGGCGAGCGCGAAGGCUACGGGGUGGUGGAUUAUUAUGAGAAAUUCCGCGCCCGUCCUUACGGCGCCCCUAAUUACGAAGAUAGGCGUCCCGGGGCCAUCCCGCCGCCGCCGCCGCCGCCCCUUCCUUCGGCGAUGGGAAGAGAGCGCGUCGGGAUGGGUUCCCACGAACCGUAUGACCGACGGCCCAUUCCCCAUCCUCCUGUGCCCUUCAUGCCCCGAGACCGCAGCCCCAUUAGGCGAGCCCCCCACCCGCCCCCUCCUCCGGCUCCGGCGGCCGGCAACGGCUACUCGUACGAGCGCACCCGCUUCGCCCCGCAGAUGAAACCUCAGCCGUACGCUCCUCCGUACCCCAGGAACAACUACGCACAAAGCGGUCCGCUCCCGGCGCCGCCGCAGCCCAACUACGGUGCCUACCAGGCCCAUGGAGUGUAACACCCCCCCCCCCCCCUCCCCCCCCCCCCCCCCCGGAGGUGAGUACAUAUCAUCGGCCUCGCACGGUCCACUCAGCAAAAUGGGCGUUGUGUGAGAAUAAUCCAAACAAAACUAGAAAAUAAAACUCGCAUGAAGUCGAAUGGCGUUUUAGACCAGCACCCGCCAAAGCUCCCUCAGAUCUAAUCGCAGCAUCCAUUCAGUGUUGGCGAGCGCAAAACUAUGCUGUUAUAGAAACAAACCAAUCUUGAGUAAAAGCCCUUCCUUGACGUGUGGUAUGCUCUCUCUCUCCAGGUUUAGAAUAUGUCAAGAACGCCGUCUGCUGAUGCGCAUGGUGCUAUACGCCCCCCCCCGCUCCCGCACGUCUUUGGUGGAUUGCGUUGCGUUCGCCGGAGACUUACUGGAAGAUACUGUAUUGCGGACAGCGACGUUCUUAUAAAACAAAACAUGCGAUUCCUUGUUGCAUUCACGUAUAUUUCUGAGCUGUCAAUGCCUUUUCUGUUCCUGUUUGUAUUACUCUUCAAAUUCUUAGAUUGUUUGGGUUUCAGUGCUUAGUUCGGUGUGACGCAUUACUACACUGCUUUUCCAAUCGACAUGGCCUCGAAAAGAAAGCCAUUCAUUAAAAUGGUAUAUUCAGUCUUUGUUAACCAAGUAUUGUAGAGUUUUGUGUAGACUGAUUUUGGUUGCCCAAUAAGUAAAAAAAUAAAAUCGUCAUAGUGUUUCUCUAUACACAUAUUAGACCUGUGUGGCGGUUUAUAAAAUAGUGUCUUCCUUGUCCGACCUGUACGCAUGUAAAAUCAAAAGUAGUACUAGUUUUCUCUAAUGCUUUGUUCGUGGUUUUUUUUUAGUUUUUUUCUUCCGCUCGGUCAUUUAGCAACGUUGUGUAUGGUUUUACUUAGAUUGCCUUCCCCCCCACCCCUCGUUUGAAGGAUUUUUAAUAAACAGAUGAACAAAAACGUGACAAGUUUUAACUGUCAAGUCAUUGGCCGUCGCAAGCACAGAUCAUAAUGAUGGCGUGGAGACGCUUUCACGAUCGGUCCUCAUCGGUUUGCAGCUCGAGUCCGGGUAGGUGUGGUCAGCCUCAAUGCUGAGUGAUGACAUUUUGUUUAAACUCAAUUCUCAUCGUACACUUUUCAAACUCCCUGCUUUGGCGCUUAAAAAAUAAUAAUAAUAAUAAGCAUGCGUUUAGAAGAGGCUCCUUAGGCAUCUAUGAAUCAAAAGGCCCAGUUUAUAGCCAUUUAGCCGGUCUUUGAAAUGCUCCCAGGUUCCAGUCAGCUCUCGCAAAUGACUUUUUGAUGUGGAAUAGAUGAAACCCUCUAUGGAUUUAUGUUUUCCUGUUCUCAGUCUUUGCUGUUUUUAGGCUGUUCGGAGUCGACGGGAGACCCCGAGCUCACGGUAGGUUCAGCUUGACUGAUGAGCCACACGGUGGAGAGAGAUCAGUUUCAGUUUAGUCCCAGCUCCAUACUGUUCCCCCUUUUUUGUUUUGUGCAGUUGGGUCAGUGUUCAAUGAGCUUUUCCUUUUGUCUGCAGGCCCGUCCGUCUACUGCUGGGAGUCACUUCAGACCGAGAGUUUUUCACCGACGUGCACUGAAGGAAAUUGGAGUCGGACGACCUCCCAACUGAAGUUUUUGAAGAGGGAAUUUUUGCUCGUGAGACAUUCUGCACUCAGGGACACUAACGCUACACAUUUUGAGUUUACCACAGCAAUGUGCCUUUUUAAAAAAAAAAAUAUAUAUAUAUAUAUAUAUAUAUAUAUAAUAUCCCCCCAAAACCAUUUUGUAACCUUUUUUUUUAUAGACAAGUUGAACUAUUUAUGUGUCUCUCCGACAGGGUGAAUGAAAUACUUAACCGUGUUGUUGUAUUCAUCCUGGUAUAGCCCGCAUCUUGCAGAUGAACAUUCCAAAUAUUAAACAGUAUUUUAUUUAAUCAAUUGGUUGAUGGACAUUUUAAACUUUGAUAAAAUUAUUUUUGUAUGA